AUGGAGAACUGCACUCACAGAGGUGCACAUGGCAACAUUGUGGUGCUUCAGCUGGUUGUGUACAUCCCAGUGCUCGUUCUGGGGAUCCCACUGAAUGCAAUUGCCUUAUGGGUCUUCUGCUGCAAAAUCAAGAGGUGGACCGAGACCAAGGUGUACAUGAUCAACCUCAUCAUGGCAGACUCUUCCCUGCUCUUCACCCUGCCUUUCCUUCUGUAUUUUACCAGCUACCCACAUCCCAUAGACCGGCUGUGUUUAACCAUACAAAACAUCUAUUUUACAAACAUGCCUAUGAGCGUCUUCAUGAUCACCCUGAUUGCGAUUGAUCGAUACCUUGCAAUCAAGUUCCCUCUAAAAGCAAAGAUCCUUCGAUCCCCACUGAAGUCAGCUUCUGUCUGUGGCUUUUUCUGGAUAGCAACGAUAACUUAUUCCCUUUUGUAUCGCACACAUCGCGGUAACCAGGGCGGUUUUUGCUUUCAGAAACAAUCUCUUCUACCUAAAUAUUCCUCCUUAUUCUACAGCAUCUGUGGGUACUUUAUUCCCUUAGGGAUUGUGAUGUUUUGCUCCAUACAAAUCAUCAGAUGUCUAAAAAAGAAGAUGGCCACAGGCCCUCAUGAGACAAAAUUAUUCCAGAAGGCUGUGCAGAUAGUUUCUGUGAAUUUGUGUGUGUUUGCUGUCUGUUUCUCACCUUUCCACAUCUCACUGCUCUUGCGGUUUGCGGUGGAAACUGCUGGAGCUUGUUCUCUGAUGCCAGGAGUUAUAACCUACAUUAAAGUCUCUGCAUGCUUAGCAAAUUCUAACUGCUGUCUGGAUACAUUUUGCUAUUAUUUUGCAGCCAAAGAAUUUCCAGAGUUUUCUUCAAUGUUCCCCAAGUGUAUAUUUAUCAGGUCCAAGAUGAACCAAAGCAAGGAGUCACAGCCACCCACGGAUCAAGUGAUGAUAUGA